UUAUGCUGUGUUUACUCAACUCGUUGUAUUUUGAACGAGAGUGAUGCGUUCGUUUCUGUGUAAUGGUACCCUUGCACGUUGAUUUAACAAAGAGAAUCAGAAUUGUUUUUACAAUCUUUUUAAUUCGUAUUUUAAAGAGAAAUGGAAGGCAUAGGCCGUGGUGGUCGAGGUGCUUUGCUACUUGCUGCCCUAAAAAACCAGCCUCGUCGACCUGGUCAAACAUCUGAAAGUGAUGCUUCUGCUGAUUCGACGAGCAGUGAACAAUCUUCUGAACCUAAACCUUUAGGUCGAGGUGCUUUUUUAAAAUCGCUUUUACAGACAGGUAGAGGAAGAGCUGUACCGUCAGCUGAAGAAUCGGAAAUUCGUAGACCAGUUGGUCGUGGACGAGGCUUAAUUUUAAGUACUGUUUCGAGUGAUGCUCGCGAGAGUCCAGAUGUUCCAUCCACAAGUUCAUCAUCACCAUCUCAAUACUCUCCGCCGUCAUCGGAUUUUCAGAAUCUGUCAUUAAAGAGUGAAGUAGGCCCAUUAAAACCAAGCAUUGAAGGUCGUGGACGAGGCUUAGCCCUCAGUAGCAUUUCGAGUAACGUCCCUGGAAAAGUUAAAGAAGUUUUUAGCUCUGGCACUACGGAGAAAGUUUCACCACGUGUUCCACCUGUUAGUUCACCUACACCUAAAAAGUCACCUUUAGAAUUUCAGGGUGCUCCUUUGAGCAGUUACCAAGGUACAUCAGGCAAACCUCUACACCUUGAGGUCAAUUAUGUACGCUUGAGAACAGUCGAAAACAAAGGAAUUUAUGAGUAUCAUGUAAAUUUUGUACCAUCUGUGGAUAGUAAAAGCAUGAAGUUCCGUUUGAUGAAUGAUGCCUCUGUGAAAGAAGUUAUUGGCAAUGUCAAGACAUUUGAUGGAAGCAAACUGUAUUUACCUCUUAAGUUGAUGACAUCCCCUGUCAAUAUAGAAGUGCAUAUGCCUACCGAUAAUUCAUUAGUUUCUGUUUCCAUAAAGUUUGUAAAGGAGUGCCAACCGAAUGAUUGUUUGCAUUUGUACAAUCUAUUGUUUCGCAAGGUGAUGCGCAUUUUAAAAAUGACUCAGGUGGGUCGUAAUUACUUUGAUCCUCAAGGUGGAAUACCUGUUCCAAAGCAUAGGUUGGAAAUUUGGCCAGGUUAUGUGACAGCUGUGCAGGAAUACGAAGGAGGUGUAAUGCUAAAUUGUGAUGCUUCAUUCAGAGUUCUACGCAGUGUGACUGCUCAUGAUUUGAUGCAUGAAGCAUCAAAACAGAGAGGAGGUGAUAUGAGAGAUGCAAUAACUAAGGAUCUGAUUGGAUGUGUAGUUCUUACACGCUACAAUAACAAAACGUAUUCUGUGGAUGACAUAGCAUGGGACAUGAACCCUUGUUCAACAUUUGUUUCUCAUAAUGGAGGAGAAAUAUCAUUUGUAGAGUAUUACAGAAGAUCAUAUGACAUUGAAAUUAAAGACAUGAAACAACCUCUUUUAGUGAGUAAAACCAAAAAGAAGAAAGAAAAUGAAGAAACAAAACUGAUUUGUCUGAUUCCUGAGCUUUGCUAUAUGACUGGAUUAACUGAUGCAAUGAGAAAUGAUUUUAGAGUUAUGAAAGAUAUAGCAAGUUUUACUCGUAUAAAUCCUACCAGUAGGCAGCUUACCUUGCAGAAAUAUAUUGAUAAUGUCAAUCAAAAUAGUGAAGCUAAAGCUUGCUUUCUAUCUUGGAAUUUAGAGCUAGAUCCUAGACCACUUAAUUUAGAAGGAAGACUUCUAAAGUCUGAAGAUCUAAAUUUUGGAAGAAACAAUGUAAUACAUGUAAGUCCUGAAGCUGACUGGGGACGACAAGCUGUUACGACCCCUGUUCUAGUCCCUGUCAAUUUUGAAAAGUGGGUCAUUGUGUUUCCUAAACGAGAACAAGGUAAAAUUCGAGACUUUAUAAAAAUGCUUCGUACUGUUUGUCCUGCUAUGGGUAUAAAUGUUAAUCCACCACAAACAGUAGAAUUGGUCAAUGAUCGUACUGAAAGUUAUUGUGAAGCUUUGAGAGGAGUAAUUAAUCCAACUGUUCAAAUUGUUGUUGUUGUUUUUCCUACCCCAAGAGAUGAUCGUUAUAGUGCAGUUAAGAAGUUGUGUUGUAUAGAAAUGCCUAUACCUUCCCAGGCCAUCAAUUUGAAAACCAUUAGUGAUGUUCGCAAAUUAAGAAGUGUUGUUCAGAAAAUAGCUCUUCAAAUGAACUGUAAGCUAGGAGGAGAACUCUGGUCCAUACACAUUCCGUUGGACAAUCUAAUGGUUUGUGGUUUGGAUACCUAUCAUGAUAUGACAAGAGGCCGAAGAUCUGUUUUAGCUUUUGUGGCAAGUAUAAAUCAAAAUCGCACUCGAUGGUAUAGUAUGACUACCAUGCAGAAAGCUGGCCAAGAAAUGGGUGAUUCUCUUAAAAUGUUAUUUAUUUCAGCUCUUCGAAAAUAUUUUGAAAUCAAUCAUAAGCUCCCAGAUAAGAUAAUUCUCUACCGAGAUGGGGUAGGGGAUGGACAGAUGGAUUAUGUUGCUAAAUAUGAAGUUGAGCAAUUGACAUCUUGUUUUAAGCAUUUCUCAGUGGACUAUUCUCCCACAUUAUCUGUUAUUGUAGUACAAAAACGUAUAAAUACAAGAAUGUACACCAUAAUGCCCCAGACAAAUACUUUAGAAAAUCCUCCGCCAGGAUCUAUUCUGGAUCACACAGUUACCCGCAAAAAGUGGUAUGACUUUUUCCUAAUUUCUCAACAUGUACGACAAGGCACUGUUUCUCCGACACAUUAUGUUGUGAUAUAUGAUUCCAGUACACUUAAGCCAGAGCAUGUUCAAAGGGUUACUUACAAGAUGACCCAUAUGUAUUAUAACUGGCCUGGCACAGUGAGAGUUCCUGCGCCUUGUCAGUAUGCGCACAAACUGGCAUACUUAGUUGGUCAGAAUUUGCAUAAAGAGACUCAUGUAGAUUUAUGUGAUCGCUUAUUUUAUUUGUAAUUCCAGCCUUCUAAAUAAGCGUGUGGGAAAUAACUUUAUACCAAAGUGCCAUUAUUUCAUUCCAGAGUUUAUAGUACUAUAGUCCAAGUGUAAAAAGCAUUGUUUACUGAAAUUUAUUUUUUUCUACCUCAGUCAUAACAAGAAGUAUAAAAGUGUUCACUUUUAGAGCAUUCAGUGACUAAAUUUUGUAAAAUCUCAUUUUGUCUUCCUUAUUUGAUACAUUGUGUUUGAAGGGACAGUAGUUAAGAGCAAACUCUGAAUAUUUUAACAUUUUCAUGUGUCUCAUGUUCCAAGUAUGAACAUGUUGGCUAUUUUAUACAAAUUGUUAAAAUUUUUUUAAAUGUGUUUUAAGUUAAAGCAUAUUAAAAAAUCUUUGAAAAUUUUGUCAGUGUUUAAGUUGGAAUUGCAGUUUAAUUUUUGUUGCUUUUUAAAAGUGAUGCAUCAGUUUUUAAGUUUUUAUUCUGAAGUGUAAAAUUUUAUAUUAAAAUUGUAUUGCCACAAAAUUCUGUUGUUACUGUUUAUCAUCACAAAGAUGUUUUUCUUAAAAGUCCAUAUUCAUGAUAUAACAUUCACAGUUUAGUGCAUUAAAAUUAAUUAAUUAUCCUGAACAACUCAGGUACAGAAUAGUGUGUCAUGAAAUGAUUAUGAAAUUUGCCAGAAUGAUAAUAUGAGUAAAAAAUAAAUUUGUUUUUAAGAAGUA